AUAAUAUUUAUCUUUCUUGAUACAACUUUUAUUCUAUUGUAUAUAAUUUGUAUUAAUUUGUUAUUUUUAAGUAUAUAUCAGAAAAGGAGAUUCGUAUUCAUUCUAUAUAAUUGUAAUUUCAUGAUAAACUAAUACGUGUGUUUGUUGACCGCACGAAAUACAUUCCUAAACUUAUGAGUUUUGAUUAUUUAGUGAUAGUUUGAAUAUGUCAAGUACAAAGCUUCUUUGAAUGAAAUAUUAAAUAUUAUCAAAAUAAACAUCAUACAUAAACGUGAUGGAGGGUGAAACUAUUGGUAAUCUCGUUCAAAAAAUGAUCAUUUCACUUUGUGGAGAACAGAAACCAGAAAUAAUUAGGAAAUGGAUGCGUUUCUGUCUUGGAUUAUUGUCAUCAACUCAAGGAGUAGAAACAUUACAAGAAGAUGAAAUUACCGUAGGAAGUCAAAUAAGAGAAAAAUUAUCAGUUUGUGAUGCAGUACAGUUUGACAAAUUAUAUAAUGACUUGAGAUCUGGACCAUUGAAGAAUAGAGCCCAAAUUCUUAUAUUUUUGUUAAACGUGUGUCAAUCGGCAGAACAGAAGGAUAAAGUUUUUUCAGCACCUGAUUUAAAAUUAGGUUUAUGCUCAUCUUCCGCAUCUACUAGUGGUAUUGAAGGAAAGAUAUUAAAGUUAGAUUCCAAUUAUGGUUUUCAAAUAGAUCCAAUGAUUAGCAUUGAUAGGCCACGGAAGCAAGCUACAUUGAGAUUAAGUGAACUUGGAUAUUUACAUAAUAUAAUUCAAAAAGGUUUAGAAAGAAUGUCAGUUGCUUCAAAUGGUCAAGUGGCCGACAGUUUUGUUGCAGCAUUACAUUCUGAGUUAUCGGAAUACUACAGAUUUAUAGCCCUUAUUCAAGAAGAAGUAAACAGAGUUCAAUCUGAAUCAGGAUUAUACAGAGUUACUUUGUCUCACUUGCAUCUUUGGGCAUAUGAUCCUUUAGAAACCUUAAAAUGGCUAGCAAGUAUAGUGAAAGCUUGUCAAGGACAAAAAGGUGGUGCACUAGCUUCUGCGGUAUAUGAAUUUAGUAAUCAUGGUGAUGCCAGUGUAAAAAAAUUAGUUAAGAGGAUUUUGCAAAGUGUCUGCGAUCCUUUGUACAAUAUGUUGAUAAGAUGGAUUGCAGAUGGUGAAUUAGAUGAUCCGUAUAGAGAAUUUUUUAUUGAAGCUUGUGCUGAUAUCACUGGAGAGAGAAUGUGGCAUGAGAAAUAUCAAGUUCGCAACAAUAUGUUACCAUCUUUUAUUACAAAAGUGCAAGCUAAAAAAAUUUUGGGAACAGGAAAGAGUAUUAACUUUCUGCGCGAAGUAUGUAAAGAUUUUACUCCAUGGCAAGGAAAACAUACAAAAAUGUUUAAAAGUUUCAGCGAGGAAUAUAAAGUUGACGUUCUUUUCGAUAUGGAUCCUGAUGGUCGAUUACAGACGAUGAUGGAUACAGCCUACAAAGAAACUUCAACCAGAGUAGUUGAAGUGUUAACAAAACAAUAUCACCUCAUGGAACAUUUACAUGCAAUCAAAGGUUAUUUGUUAUUAGGACAAGGAAAUUUCAUUCAAUAUCUUAUGCAUUUAUUAGAACCAGAAUUAGAUAAACCAGCCAGUUCUGUAUAUCCACAUAACAUAUCUUCUAUUCUGGAAACUGGAAUAAGAGCGACUGUUACAAAGAUAGAUGAUUUAGAUAUUCAUAGGCGACUUGAUGUAAGAUUAUUAGCACCUUCGGAAAAUGAAAGAGGAUGGGACGUUUUUAUUCUGGAUUAUAAUGUAGGAGGUCCUAUUGGAACAAUUUUAGAACCUUGUAGGCAAAUAUAUCAAACUGUAUUUUUUGCUUUAUGGAGAGCAAAAAGAAUGGAAUCUAUAUUAUCUGCGAUUUGGAAACGUCAAAUAACUUCGGCAAAAAUGUUUCGCAAAAUGCCUGAAGUAUUACCAAUUCAAACUCACAUUCAUUUAAUUACUAGUAGUAUGGUACAUUUGGUUCAUCAAAUGCAAUAUUUUUUCUUAUUUGAGGUAAUCGAGUGUUCUUGGGAUGCGUUUGCAAAACAAUUAGCACAAGCAGCAUCAUUAGAUGAUAUAAUAACAGCACACACUCAUUUCAUAGAUACUGUAAGACGUGGUACACUUUUAGAUGAAAAAUCACAAGAACUUAUGGAUCAUUUACGUUCCGUAUAUGGUCCAAUUUUAGAUUUGCAAAAUCUUGAAGAAACGUUUCUUACACGUGCAACGCAUGAAUACAAAGCCCGAUUAAAAGAUAAUAAUUUGGUAAAUGUAACUAUUAUGAAAAAUCGGUCAGAUUUAACAGAAAAUAAUGAUGCAGAAAUAGUCAAACGUCAAGCUGUAUUUUCGAAAUAUUUAAACACACUUUCAAUUCAACUCAGAUUACUCUCAAGAACAUAUCAGGAUAGAGUAAAAAAAUUUCUUAUAAUGCUUGCAUCAGCAGAAGAUGUGUCUUUACAAUUGCUAAGUGUACGUUUAGACUUUAAUGAGUAUUAUAAAAGUAAAGAUAGUCGUCUUGUUGUGCCAUUAACAUAUUUGCAUCGUAGACAAAGUGACCAAAGCUAUUUAAAUUAAGUCAAAAAAAUCAACAUCCAUCAUGCCGCAGAACGAAUAUAUUGAAAGACAUCGUAAACUGUAUGGACGACGCUUGGAUUAUGAGGAAAGAAAGAGAAAAAGAGAGGCUCGAGAGCCUCAUAAACGAGCAGAACGUGCUCGUACAUUGCGUGGUAUAAAAGCAAAGAUUUUCAAUAAGGAACGGAGAAAUGAGAAGAUACAAAUGAAAAAGAAAAUCAAAUCCCACAUGGAAAAGAAAGUGAAAGAAAAAUCAUCCAAUGUACCAGAAGGAGCAUUACCUGUAUAUUUAUUGGAUCGUGAUGUUAAGAAAGAUGCAAAAAUAUUAUCAAACAUGAUAAAACAGAAACGUAAAGAAAAAGUUGGAAAAUGGGAUGUACCAAUACCAAAAGUUAAGACACAGUCAGAAUCUGAAGUUUUUAAAGUAAUGAGAACUGGAAAGUCUAAACGUAAAUCUUGGAAAAGAAUGGUAACAAAAGUAACGUUUGUUGGCGAGAACUUUACUAGAAAACCACCAAAAUUUGAGAGAUUCAUAAGACCAAUGGCACUCCGUUUCAAAAAAGCACAUGUGACUCAUCCUGAAUUAAAAGCCACAUUUUGUUUACCAAUUAUUGGCGUUAAGAAGAAUCCAAGUUCACCAAUGUACACAAGUUUAGGUGUCAUUACAAAAGGAACAAUUAUUGAAAUAAACAUUUCAGAAUUAGGUCUUGUAACUCAAUCUGGGAAAGUAGUUUGGGGAAAAUAUGCACAAGUUACAAAUAAUCCUGAAAAUGAUGGAUGCAUUAAUGCUGUAUUGCUCGUGGAUGAGAACGGAAAGAUCCAUAGGUUGAGAAGAGAAUGCCCUAUGGAACAGUGUGGUGCAGGAGUUUUCAUGGCCGCAAUAAAAGACCUAUUGUGGCAAGUGCGGCUAUACUCUUGUAUUUAA